AUGUCCUCCCGCCCACUCCCGUCUUCAUUCGACGAGUCGCCCGACUUCUACGACGAGUCCCGCUGGUCAAAGUUCUCCCGCCGCUUCAAAGAAGAGCCCCUCAUCCCGUUCGGCGCAGCAUUAACCUGCCUGGCCCUCCUCCAAGCCACGCGCUCCAUCCGCGCCGGCAACAAGGCGGCGACCAACAAAUGGUUCCGCGCACGCAUCUACGCGCAGGGCUUCACCGUCGCGGCCAUGAUCGCGGGAUCCGUGUACUACAAGAAGGAGCGCGCCGAGGAGCGCGCCGUCGAGGCGAUCGUCGCGGAGAAGAAGGGCGAGGAGAAGAGGGCCGCGUGGAUUAAGGAGUUGGAGAUUAGGGACCGGGAGGAUCGGGAGAUGGCGGAACGGGCGAAGAGGCAUGCGGAGCGGAGGAGGGCGGCUAUGGCUGCUGCGGCGGCAACGAAGGACAGGGAAUAG